AGGUCCAGCGGAUUUUUUUUAAAAAAAUGACCACUGUAAUAAUAUCCACAAGCAGCAAAAGCCAAAGCCACUCAUUCUUUGCAAGUUGAAAUAUAAUUUUUGUGGCCUAUAAAAUGCAUACAUCCAUAUUCCUUUCGGUAAUUUACAAUUUCAUAUCAAUAGUUACGCAUAAAAUAAUGGUGGUCAAAGUAUAUGGGCAGAUAAAAGCAGCUAAUCCACAAAGAGUAUUGCUCUGUUUUUUGGAAAAAGGCAUCGAGUUUGAAGUAAUUCAUGUAGAUCUCGACAAACUUGAACAGAAAAAACCAGAACAUCUUCUUCGUCAGCCGUUUGGUCAAGUUCCAGCUAUUGAAGAUGGAGAUCUAAAGCUCUUUGAAUCGCGAGCCAUAGCGAGGUACUACGCGACAAAGUAUGCGGACCAAGGAACUGACCUAUUGGGGAAGACAUUGGAGAAACGAGCCAUUGUGGACCAGUGGGUGGAAGUUGAGAAUAACUACUUUUACGCUGUGGCUCUACCCUUAGUUAUUAACAUCGUCUUUAAGCCCAUGUUUGGUGAGCCAAUCGACGUCGCUUUGGUUGAGGAGCUAAAGGUCAAGUUCGACAAGGUCUUGGAUGUGUAUGAGAACCGGUUAGCUACGAACCGGUACUUGGGCGGUGAUGAAUUCACAUUGGCUGAUUUGACUCAUAUGCCCGGUAUGAGAUAUAUCAUGAAUGAAACCAGUUUGAGCGGUUUGGUUACGUCUCGAGAGAAUCUUAACCGGUGGUGGAAUGAGAUUUCGGCUAGACCGGCUUGGAAGAAGCUCAUGGAAUUGGCUGCCUAUUAAAUUACUUCAAGUUUAUAUGGAUGGUGGUGCUGAUGAUGAUAACGUGCUAUUAGUAUUUUAUUUUCCCCCAUAUAAAGUUAAAUCGCAUGUUAUAUUAAUUGCCUUCAUGGAGGAUUUGAUAGAUUUUUCUACUAAAAAAAACUUUUAACACAUUCAAACGGUUAACAACGAGGUU